AUGAUAUUUGGUGGAACUUUAAACGAUAACGAAUAAACCAUUGACGAAAAAAGAUAAAUUAUAACAAAUACAAGAAAUUUAACUAGAUAAUAACAAAUUAUUUACAGAAGGAGCAUAUUUGACAAUUAUCGUCCCGAUCUUUCUUAAUUCGAUUAUUUUUUAUUUAAAGAAAAAUUAAAAUUGGGCGAAAGUCUAUUAAAUGAAUAUAGAACACGUUUAAAUAAUGAAGUUCGUAAAAUAGUAUUCCUUCUUCCUUAGGCUUAUCAUCGUGAAUAUAUUAAUCACAAAUUUGCAGAUUAAAUUCUUGAUUUAACUUCACCUCAUAUCAGAGGUGCUUAAGCGCAAUCUAUGAGAUCAUGGUAGGAUGCAUCUAAAAUUGUUAAUUGGAUAGAAUAAAAAAGAGAAAGACUUCAAAAAUAUGAUUAAAUCAACCCUAAAAUAAAGACAGUUAAUUCAUAAAAUAUUGAUGAAAUAUUAGAUUAUUUUACAUUGACAGAUUAAUAUAACUUAAAUUUAAUCAGAAAAUGA